GUUAUGUGCUUUUUUCCCUCGGAUGCACUGGCUCGGAUGAACUGACCUAGUUUUGAAUCUGAAUUUGCAGCUACCUCAAAGAUUGUCAUAUUUCCGGGCCUCGGUUAUCGUUCGGGUUGGAUCAUACAUUCUGCAAGUGUGUUGAAAAUGUUCUUCAUCCUUCCCAUCAUACUCGCUUUGUUCGUUGAUAACGCCAUACUAGCAUACCAGGCAAAGUUGGGAAGCCUUUCAGCGAUAAAUGUUUAAUCAUUACGAUCACCCAACCAUUCUGGGAAAUAAUAAAAUACCUUGAUGUUUUUGUUGAAAAGCAUCUUAGGAACAAUUGGUUAAACAGUAUUUUCAUAGCACCGGAUUAAACAACGGAUGAUAUAUGUGAAUGGUUUUGGAUAAGCAUUAUACGUUAACGAGCAUACUUCCUACGAUGUUUGAUGAAAAUCUUAAAACAUUUCACAUUAAUCCGUGUGUUAAGACUGUUGCUGCAUGCUAGAAGGUUUUAUGAAACACCGAACCAGCGUGCUAAUACCGACGCACAGAGGCUUAUUUCUUUGUUUUUGAAAUAAUCCAGAUAAGCAUCAAAACUAAACGUCCUUAUCUUGCACGACACAAUCAAUCCAGUCCAGCAUGAGCUAAUGUUUAUGUAUAAACCCAUAUCUAUAUACGGCGCUUAGCUGGUGUUUUGACGCCUGCUUCCCACUUGCAUGCGGCAUCCUGCCCGACGGAGACAGCGAAUGUACGGAAUUGACUUUCACAACCAGCACGUCUGCCAGCAGGAGAUGUUUCCGUUCAGCUUAACCGCUCCGGUCGAAGAUUAAUGAAAUAUCGUGCAAAAGUUGAGCCACCGAAAGCCACUCUCCUGACACUCUGACACGCCGUUAGGGGGUUGAGGGAGAAGCUUUUGCAGGAUUUGUCAGCAGUGGCACACUGGGAAGUCGGUCAGUGACCAAAGUCUCGCCUUUCAUAAACUUUCAACCCCGACCAGGGUGUAGAUUGUGUAUAAACAUGUAUGUGUGUGAAUGUGUGUUUGUUUGUAGUAGAUCGUGUGAGAGUGUUAUGCUGUGCCGUCUAUACCGGCAAAACUUCUGUCCGAGAGCUUCCCUCGACUGGCCGAAGUUUGAAGUGACCGGAAGUGGUGAAAUUGAAAAGAGUCGAGCCGAGAGCCAGCAGCAAGAAGCCGGUUAGAAGCUGCCUUGCUAUUUAUCAACACCACGUGCAAGCGGAAAAGUGGACCCGAAAUGCUGUGCAUCGACUCCGAGUAACGAGUGAACCGGUGAAGAUAAGCUGUGCUCUACUGUAAUGUGAAAGUUUGUGUACGAUAACAUGAGCGUGGCGAUUCGAAAUGAAAUCGCUAGCUGUGGUAUUUUUUAUCGAGUGAAGUGUGUGUAUUAGUGUGUGAGAUUGUGUUCGUUUAAAGCGGUAUAAAGUGUUGGAAAGGGAGAAAAAAACCAAGCACAUCUACAAAUACACACCAACUACAGCCAUGAACACAGUGGGAAGGUUUUGUUCUAGAAUUAAUUUGUGAAUGGGUGUUGCUAUUUUUUUUAUCACCAGUCACAGUGUGGUGCAAUAGAUAAAAAAUAAAACAACAAACGCGACACAACGCAGCAUAAAAACACGCGGGCAGCGGCUACAGCACCGAGCCAUCGGAUGACAUUGCAGAGGUAUACUGGAACAGGAAGGAGCUCUUAUCAAGCACAUCAACGCUUUUCCAUUGGCAGUUUGUCGGGACUAGAAAUUGGAUCAUUCUGUGCAACGCCGCUACGCUUAGCAGGCUUGGCAACUGGUUCUACCCUGAUUGGUUAUUGCCGGGUUGCACAAUCAUUUCAUCUGCUCGCAUAAAGCAAAGGCGUUUCACAAGUAUCUCGCGCAUUUGAGGUUGCAACCGCUAGACUGCAUUCUACUUGUUUCGCUCAUCGUGUCUUUGUCACACAUCGGAGCCCACCGGAGUGACGAACCCCCUCAUGACGGCAACGGUGAAUCCGGUGAUCAAAGUGCCGGUACUGGAAAAACCACUCAACUCCGUCCCGGUGGUCGAGAUUGGCAGCGCAGCGCACCUGCAGCUUGCCCCGCAUGCCCGGGCAAUCAACGGUGCAGCAUCAGCAGGUGACACGGCUGUCGUCAGCAACCGCAGCUCCAGUGGCAAUCAUUUUUAGAUUCUUACACUACCGAGAGCCACAGUGGCAGAGUGAGAGCAAACGCAGCUUCGCCACAGUGACAUUAUUAGGGUGCCACGAGAGGGAUAACGAUGAUACAGUAAUUCAAUCAAGCAGCUUGCUGUUUCGCUCCGUUUUUUUUUCUUCUUCGCGACCGAGGACAGAGUGCAAUCGCGUGAAGGGAGCUGAAUCUGUGCGACUGUUGUAGCUGUUGGUCCCAUAUGUUGCUGGUGCCGUUUGGUGUCUAGUAAAGACGAAUAAGGACAAAAGAAGGACAAAAAAAACUGCCUAGUGUAGCAUUUUGAAGAGCCCGAUGGAGAGUGCUUGAUGCUUCUCUCAGCCAAUCACUGCAGGAGUAAUUCAAUAAAUAUACUAUACAAGAUACUCGAACGCAACGAAUGAACGCGUGCGAUGCUGGAGCACCCUGAGGCUACCAUUUCCACCGUCCAGAUGUGCUAGACAGGACGGAGUGGGCUAAAGCAAAAAGCAUAGAGGAAACAGCAUCAAUUGGCCUCAGUGCCCUUGCAAAGCACGCUCGAUACGGCUCGAUCGAACACGAGUGGGUGGAUAGAUACGAGCAGCUUCACCUACAAAUGGCAUUUAGUGCAAUCAUCUGUUAACCGACCAAAGAGGCCGCGAGAGCGAGCGAAAGGGAGAGCGGCGAGCCAAAAGAAAAAAAGAAAAGAAAAAGUCUGUGUACAUCUUUGCUGGAGUGCUGGUGCCACUAUUCCACCGUCCUGCCAUUCUCUAGCACUCACUAGACGCGGGGAAUGGGGGUCUGAUCCUCGGAGCAGCCCCCAGUUCCUGCCACGGUGCGUACGCGUCCGUGCCAGCUGCGUGUAUGGAUUCGGACACCGUCGCAUCCGCCAGCAAGCAUCGCACCGACGUUGACGGGGCCGGCCGGACGGACGGCGUGCCGGUCGCCCUAACCGUGGCCACGACCAUCGCCAACCUGCUGCUAGCCAGCCCGAGUCCCGGCCUAGCCGCCACCUCCACGGCCACCGCCUGGGCCGUCACGACUGAAACUGCCGCCCAGCAGCCGUACCUCGUCUACGGCACGAACCUGAGCUCUCUAGCGUACCUGGAUGCGAAUACCACCGCGUCGCUCUACUCCCCGUUCCCGGUGGGCCCGUCCGCGUCGACGCCGGCCCCCACCGGUCCGCCGGACGUGACCGUCUCCACGAUCGUGAUCAGCAUCAUCCUGCUGGCCGUGAUCGUCGGAACUGUGAUCGGCAAUGUGCUCGUGUGCGUGGCCGUCUGUCUGGUGCGGAAGCUGCGCCGGCCGUGCAACUAUCUGCUCGUGUCGCUGGCCAUCUCCGACCUGUGCGUGGCCCUGCUCGUCAUGCCGAUGGCGCUGCUGUACGAGGUGCUCGAGGAGUGGCGCUUCGGCGAGGUGUUCUGUGACAUCUGGGUCGCGUUCGAUGUGCUGUCCUGCACGGCCUCCAUCCUGAACCUGUGUGCCAUCUCGGUGGACCGAUACUGGGCCAUCACGAAACCGCUCGAGUACGGCGUGAAGCGUACGCCCCGGCGCAUGAUCGCCUGCAUCGUGCUGGUGUGGCUGGCGGCGGCAUGCAUCUCGCUACCGCCGCUGCUCAUCCUCGGGAACGAGCACGAGAUCAACGGGCAGCCCGCCUGCUCGGUGUGCCAGAACUUCUUCUACCAGAUCUACGCCACGCUCGGUUCGUUCUACAUCCCGCUCGCCGUCAUGCUGUUCGUGUACUUUCAAAUCUUCCGAGCCGCCCGGCGAAUCGUGAUGGAAGAGAAGCGUGCGCAGAAGCGACUCGAAAGUGCGAUCAACGGUGCGACGCAGGCCGUGGCGCUGGAAAAGAAGCCACCCGGCAUGGUCGGCGAAAAGGUCGGACCGCCGGGAAAGGUGACCAGCUCGCCCCAGAACAAGCGGCUCCGGUUUCAGCUGGCCAAGGAGCGGAAGGCAUCGACCACGCUCGGGAUCAUCAUGUCCGCGUUCACGAUCUGCUGGCUGCCGUUCUUCAUACUGGCGCUGGUGCGCCCGUUCAUGAAGGACGACCAUCGGACGCUGUCGUCGUUCUUUCUGUGGCUCGGGUAUGCCAACUCGCUGCUCAAUCCCAUCAUCUACGCCACGCUGAAUCGCGACUUCCGGAAGCCGUUCCAGGAGAUCCUGUACUUCCGCUGCUCGAGCCUGAACAACAUGAUGCGGGAGGACUUCUACCACAGCCAGUACGGUGAUCCGGGCUCGCAGCGACUAGUGAUCACGAACGAUGGCGGUGCACGCGAGAGCUUUCUGUGAAGGCUGGUGGCGCAGUACGCGCGUGUGCAAGUUGCACGAUUGGCGCACGAUUGGGUGCGUCCGGUCGAGGUGCAAUGGUGAAGCAAAAGCGAACAAAAACAAAUACAACAAAACCAAAUACACUUUAAUGCAGGCAACAAUCACGAAACCUAGGGCAGGUGAACGUCUAGUUUAAUUUAGUCUUCCUUUUUGUACAUACAAACAUCUAACCGCUAGGAGUUAGUUCAUCAGGUCAUGCUUUCUCAUUCAUGUAUCCCUCGCCAUUGCUACGUCUCUGUCGAGUGGGCUAGCAUAACGAAAUAACAAACAGCAUCCAGUCAUCCAGAUUCACUUCCCAAUUCCCAAGGUCCCUCUGCUAACGUACACGUAAACGCAACGUAAACGGAAACGUACACGCAAUCAAAACACCCAAAACCAAAACGAAUCACUACCCCGUUACAUCCCAUGCUAGGCGUGCAGGAAAAUGUAAAGAUGUAUCACUGUUAGCUCGGGAAGAGAUUUGUCUGUUUCUGUGUUUUGUAUUGUAUGUGCAAGGAGUACGCAGCCCGUCACUACUAGAGCAAUGCAACGCCCAUAACAUUUAGCAAACACAGCAACACCGAUGUAUAUGUUUUGUGAUAUAAGAGAAUAUGGCUAGCAAGCAAUCGUUUCGGUACAUGUGUUCCUUUCUGGGUGUGUAGCGCAUGUAUUGAAGAAGCAGCGACAAGCAUGGCUCAAGGUCACACAGGCUUCAGAGAAGACGCACACCUUUUCAAAACGCCUCCACAACCGAUGUGAAGGACAGUAUGGCACGAAAACACGCAACCAGAGCAAACAGAGCAACAACUGCCCAACAAUCCGGAGGCAAUUUAUUCGUAUCGAUGUUUUGAGAAUUUGAUCGCUAGGAUCACGGUUCGAUCAAUGUGUGUGUGUGUGUGUAUCUGAAUGUACGUGUAUCUAUGAUCUGGUGCGUGUACUAUGUGUGGCAAGUCGGGCGGGUAGCAACCUAUGAAUGUUAGACAAGUUUCAGUGUUCUAUGUUUGACCGGCAGGUAUCGCACACAGCAGGAAAUGUAACAAAAGUUCAUUCAAUCGCAAAACCAGUAUUAACAAAAUCAUACACACCUGGAGGUUCCAAAUUGAAAAAAUCAUACAAUUGGACAGUUUUUUUUCUUGUUAUGCUAAUUAUAUACAAUUGAUUUUCCAUCCUUCCUGUUAAAUAUGAUCAACUUGGCAACAAGAUCAACCUGCUCUGCACGUUACCAUGCUGGGUUUUGGUCAAUGUUUUCAUACUAACGAACAAAAAAACAACAAAAUGUUUUUCAAUCCAUGUCCAAGAGCAAGUUCAAAUUUCAUGAUAUUGUAGCAGGACCCGCUAUAGGCAGUUUUCUACGAUCGUAUGUCUGUUACAGCCAUGAGCAAUAGAGACAUUUACCAAGACAGGAAAGUAACGGCUUUCUAUUGAAGAGCAGAACUACAAAUGGACAGCAACAGGAAGCUAGUAAGGCAACAAAUUCACAAAA